AAUGUCCUGAUCCUGGAGGACCGGCAGCUCCUCCAACAACACUAGUCAGACUUCUUCUGAAAUAUGUGACAUAUCCAGUUGGGAACGAAUGACUCCAGGUUUGAAUAACACGACUUGAUGCUGCACCCAUCUGAGCAUGCCCCAAAAGCACCCAUGCCCUCCGUGCACCCUCAUUAAUACACGACUGACUUAUGCGCACCGCGCUCUGACGACAACAUGAGUUUGAAGACCUUGAAGCCAAUGAAGACGCCACCAGAUAGGUCAGGAAUCACCUUUGAGGUUGGAGCUCAGCUAGAAGCUCGAGAUCGGCAAAAGAAAUGGUAUGCAGCCACCAUCGAGAAGAUCGACUACGACAAAGAGCAGAUCCUGGUUCACUACCGCCAGUGGAGCCGCCGACACGACGAAUGGUUUUACUGGAGCUCGCCGUACCUGCGGCCCCUGGAGCGCGUCAGCCUGAGGAGGCAGGGCCUGAACCCGUCGCAGCCUCAGCCGAUGUUCGUGUCGGGUUCGAGGGUUCUGGCGUGUUGGACAGACUGUCGCUUCUACCCGGCCAAAGUCCUCAAGGUCAACAAGGACGACUCCUACACGGUGCGUUUCUAUGACGGCGUGGUCCGGACCGUGAAGCCGACAAAGGUUAAACCCUUUCAGGAAAAGUCCAAAUCUGACAAAAGUGCUGUGGGAAGUGAGGGAUGGGAGGAUGGAGAAAGUGAGGAGGAAGAGGAAGAGGAGGAGGAAGAUGGGGAAGGAGAGAAAGAGGAGGAGAAAAGGGGAGAAGAUGAGAUGGAGGAGACAGCGACAUCAGAGGGAAAGGAAGGAGCUGAGGACAGAGCGGAGGAAAUGAAGAGGAACGCAGAGUCUGCGCUUUCUGAUCCAUUAGACAAGAAUAAAACGGAUGACAGUGAAGACGGUGGAGUUCAGAACCAGACAAUCACAGCUGACUCCGCCCUGGAAGCUCAUCCUAACUCCUCCCACGUUGACAGAGAUGUCCUCAUGGAGCGACAGGCUCACCUGCCCACCACUCACAAGUUCAGCAGAGAACCACUGUACCGGGUGAUAAAGAACCAGCCUCCCCCGAUUCUCUCCAUCGAGUUGGACCACAACCCCUUCAAGUGUCCGGCCUCCGGCUGCUCCAAGUCCUUUCGGAAAGCGGGCCUGCUGCACUACCAUAUUAAAUACUACCACUCGGACCAGCAGCUGGACACAGGCAGCAACCUGGAGGCAGCGAGGAGGAAGCGGUCCUCCUCUGAAGGGUGUGACUUCACAUCAGCCAAGAAGAAUGAACACCAGAACAGCGGCUACCCUCGUGACGACAGAGAACAGAUCACCAUGGCAACAGAAAUGAAAAAGCACGGAGGGGAGGAGAAGACGGGAGGACCGGAUAGGAAGGAGAGGAAGAACUUCCUGAGAGUCAAACUAAAGAAGAAGAAGAAGAAGAAAAAGAGGAAAAGCUACCCGGGACUCGGCAGCAGCGAUGAUGAGAACUCAGACAGGCCUCCACUCACGCUGAAGCUUUCACAAGCACACGUCGACGACGGCAGUGACUGGUCAACGCUAACAGCAGAGAGCGGGGAGGACACGCCCUCCUGGCUGGUUACCACGGAAACAGACGAGUGCGAGGUGGUGAGGUGCGUCUGUGAGGUGGACGAAGAGAACGACUUCAUGAUCCAGUGUGAGUCGUGUCUGUGCUGGCAGCAUGGCACCUGCAUGGGUCUAUACGAAGACAAUGUUCCUCACAACUACAUCUGCUACUGCUGCAGACAGACCGCAGGUUGGAGGCGGGCGCAGCGCUUCCUGUCUGAACCCGACUGGGUGGUCUCGGGUCACAUGUUCGGCUUAUCGUGCGUGAGGGAGAACUACUCUGAGAUCAACGCCUCCAAGAUCUCCCACACUCACCGCCUGCUGGCGCACACGCAGGUCCUGCACCAGGUCAUCAGCGGGCUGCAGCUCAAGAUCAGCCUGUUACACUCUCCAUCGCACCCUGACCUGGAGCUGUGGAGGUUGCCAUGGAGACAGGAAGAGGGUCCGAGAUUGGCAUCCGGCCCGAAAGAAGAGCCUCCCGCGUGUUACGUCAGCAGCGAGCACUGCUACCAGAAGCCCGGGGCAUCCUGGGAGAAAGCUGAGGAGAGAGCGGUGGGGAAGCAGGAAGUUGAGGAGAAGGAGAUCACGUCUGAAGAUCUUCACAGGCCACCAGCCGACGCCACCGCGGACACGAGCACAGACUCGCUCAGUGACACUGACGCGGGGCAAGAGGACCACGCAGGAAACACACGCACUCACACGGCAUCCGUGAGCGAGUGUCAGCUGAACCUGCUGCAGCACGUGGAGUCCGUUCAGAACCAGAUCAGCGCCAGGAUGGACCUGAUAGAGCGGGAGCUGGAUGUGUUGGAGUCCUGGUUGGACCACUCGGGUGAACUUGAGCCUCCAGACCCUUUGUCCCGCCUCCCGCAGCUCAAACAACGAAUCAGGCAGCUUCUGAGUGACCUGUGCACGGUGAGACAUUUGUCAGUCUGCCGCUGACUCCUCCCGUCCCAGAAGAAACUCAAUCAGCGACGGGUCAGACUUGUCAGGAACGGGACUCUGAUUCUGGAGGGAACACUGUCCUUCUGGUGGACAAAAUGACCACUGCAAGAAGACAACGAUGUGUCUUUUUCUUCUUUCCCAGUGACUAAACAAGGAUCCCACACGGCCUCCAGCAGGACUCCGGUAUGGGGACAACAGGUCGACUAGUUGAUCUGUGCUCCGAUCAGCUCCUGUCGACUUAGUUUGAGGUCUGUUGACGCUUGAGCUGACGCAGGGUUCGUUUGAUCACGCGUUUAACGGUGUCAAAGAUUUUCUAGCAUCAGGCUGUGGCAAUUUACAAACGCACAAAAGGAGUCGGAUACCAGACCUUAGUUUAGUUAAAAUCCUUAAAAGAGUGAUAGUUUUAUAAGUGUGAUAUUUCUCCAGGCUGAGAUUGUGUAAUUGCACUAAUAUUAGUACUAAAUAUAAAUAUUUUCCUGUUCUGUAAUUUAAAAAAAAGCAUAGAAGAGUUUUAAGAUUUGUUCAGAGGGACGGUGUUUUCUUUUUUUUCCUCAACUGAUGACUAGCGUUCAUUUAUUAAAAAGAAAGGAGCUCCACGAGCAGUUACCAGACUGUAUAUACAAGACGGGCCGUGAUUUUAUUCCCGCGAUGACGCACGGACACGCACCGUCUGUUCUCCCGGUGGGGGACAAGGAGCUGCGUUUGUUCCUGGCGGUGGCGGAGAGGCCCGAGCCCGCUCAUGUAACCGUUAACGGAUAACACGGUAAUCCAGGACGCAGCUGUAGCCUGUUAGCUUUAAGAAACAAUCGCUACACGCCGUCUGGUGCAGUUUGAUCACUGUUGCCAUGGUUACCCCCCCGAUUGGCACCUUACUUCUCGCCCUCCGGACAGUCAGCUUUAGUCUUUCGCUUGAGAGGUGUGAACAGAGAAAAAAGAUCCUUCCUGUCUGAAAGUACCCUAAAAAAAGAUGAAGCGGGAUGUGAUGGGGGCGGGGCAUCUUCUUGGAUGACCUACUGCGUUGCCAGAUUCACCAGCUGCUGUUUAAAAACCGCAGUUGAGGCUUUAAAAUGCCCACGAGCCAUCGCUGCCUGUAGGUGCAUCCAUCUCAAACAAUAUGGUCAAAAUAAAUCUGUUUAACCCUUUAAAUUUCAUCCAGAGACAGUUCUGCCGCCGGUCCUCCUUUCCUGGAUGUAGGAGGACAGACUUGUUGCAGUGCUCUGCUGAAAAUAAUCAAAAUCUUCCCAGAUUUAUGUUAAAGUCAUAAAAACAUGUCUUUAUAGCACUUGUUUAUGCAAAUGUUUACCAGCAUGAUUUAAUGGAUGACCAACAUCUUCCUCAUUUGGAAGUAAACAGGUUUAGUGUCAGGAUUCAUUCAGGGACCGAGGAAAACUCCCGUUUUCCCCUCGUCAUCAGCAACGUUUAGAUGAAAGGUGGAUGCAGCCGUGUGGCGUCACUGGUGUGUGAAACAUCUCCCUGGCUUGGCCGUCAACCAUCGGGGUCACUUUUGAGCUGGGUGUGUCCCUAACUGGACAAGAGGGCGGAGCUGGACAGUGAUACUGGAAGCUGAUUGGGCAAAAAAAACAACAACUGAGAAAUGAUGGAAUUAUUUUCAGGGGGAAUAAAAGCAGCACUUUUUUGCAUUAAGUCUUUGUUGACAUUUGAACGGCAGCCCAUUGGUUCCAAAGAGGGCGUUCAGACGCCCUGUAGUGGUUUUACACGUCAACGACUACGUCCAUCCUUCACAAAUGGUCUGGUUGAGAGGAGAACAUGGUUCAACACAAACUAUUAUAACAUGUAAAUAAAGACAAUAUACUGUGUAUCGGCCUGGGAGCCACUUCCUCCACGUUGCUCUGGUUUCAUCUCAAAUUGUACAAACGGAGUUUCAUUUGUUUUGAAAUUGUAUGUUUUUAUCUUUUCUUCGGGACAUUUGCUAGCGACAUUGAGUAGCAGUGAUUGAAUGACUAAAUCUCACAUUUUGAGCCUCUUUUUUAUGCAAGUGGAGCUUUUAAUUGUAAAUUUGUUUCUUUCAGUUUAGAGUCCACACAUUUCAACCUGAGCUCGUUCUCUGUGCACAAUAAUCACUCGGCGAGGAAAGCUGCCGGUGCUGAUAGUCAGUCCGGAGCUCGUUUCUGUCCCUUUAACGAACUUCAUCUGUUGUCGUGUAAAUAUUUCUAAGAGAGUGUUUUAUAACCUCGUCCAGGAGGGAGAAGGCAACGCUGUGGAUUUAUUGAGGUGGAUCGGUUGCCGUGUUUGAGUUUCGUGUGUUUUAAACUGUUCCUGAUCUUCCUGAUGUUCACCUCUGUUGUCAUGCUGACGUCAUUGAUCAGAAGUUCGGCGCGGCUGUUCUCAAUGCUUCUGCGCAGCUUUGGUUGAUUUCCUCUUUUUAUUUCCAUGUUGUUCAAAGCUACAGUAGAGGAUUUUUUUUUUAUUUCAGAGGAAUUCUAGCUUUGAUUAAAAAUGGUAAAAUCCUCAUUUA